AUGCUGAGCUCAGUGUGCGUCUCCUCCUUCCGCGGGCGCAAGUCUGGCAACAAGGCGCCGUCCAAGUCAUGUUUGAAAGGGGAGAUGGGCCGGAACGAGGACAACGACAAGAUCGUCAUCAACGUGGGCGGCAUCCGGCAUGAGACGUACCGCAGCACGCUCAAGACCCUGCCGGGCACGCGGCUCUCGUGGCUCACCGAGCCCGACGCCUGCAGCAACUUCGACUACGACGCCAAGGCCGACGAGUUCUUCUUCGACCGCCACCCGCAGGUCUUCGCCUACGUGCUCAACUACUACCGCACGGGCAAGCUGCACUGCCCCGCCGACGUGUGCGGGCCGCUCUUCGAGGAGGAGCUGGCCUUCUGGGGCAUCGACGAGACGGACGUGGAGGCCUGCUGCUGGAUGAACUACCGGCAGCACCGCGACGCCGAGGAGGCGCUGGACAGCUUCGAGACGCCCGAGAGCCAGGACGAUGAGGACAGCGGCGGCGACCUCAAGCGCCUCUGCCUGCAGGAGGACGGGCGCAAGCUGGGCUGGUGGUCGUGCUGGCAGCCCAAGAUCUGGGCGCUUUUCGAGGACCCCUACUCGUCCAAGAUGGCCAGGUAUGUGGCCUUUGCCUCACUCUUCUUCAUCCUCAUCUCCAUCACUACCUUCUGCUUGGAGACCCACGAGGCUUUCAACCAUGUCGUAAACAAAACAGAGAUCAUCCAGUCUGAGAAUGUUACCAGCAUAAAGGUGGACUAUGAGAUGGAGACAGAGGCCUUCCUGACCUACGUGGAAGGGAUGUGUGUCAUCUGGUUCACCUUUGAGUUCCUCAUACGUGUCAUCUUUUGCCCAGACAAGCUGGAAUUCAUCAAAAGCACCCUCAACAUCAUUGACUUUGUGGCCAUCCUGCCCUUCUACCUGGAGGUGGGCCUCAGUGGCCUCUCGUCCAAAGCUGCUAAGGACGUGCUCGGCUUCUUGAGGGUGGUAAGGUUUGUCCGGAUCCUAAGGAUCUUCAAGUUGACCAGGCAUUUUGUAGGAUUGAGAGUUCUAGGCCACACUUUGAGGGCCAGCACCAAUGAGUUCUUGCUCCUCAUCAUCUUCUUGGCCCUGGGGGUCUUGAUCUUUGCCACUAUGAUCUAUUACGCCGAAAGGAUUGGAGCUGACCCAGACGACAUCACGGGCAGCAAGCACACUGUCUUCAAGAACAUCCCCAUUGGGUUCUGGUGGGCAGUGGUGACUAUGACGACUUUGGGCUACGGUGACAUGUACCCUGAGACUUGGUCGGGCAUGUUGGUGGGAGCCUUGUGCGCCUUGGCCGGUGUGUUGACCAUUGCCAUGCCCGUGCCAGUCAUUGUCAACAACUUUGGCAUGUAUUACUCUCUGGCCAUGGCCAAGCAGAAACUACCAAAGAAGAAGAACAAGCACAUCCCACGAGCCCCUCAGCCUGGGUCGCCCAACUACUGCAAACCGGACAUGCAGUCUCCCCAUCGGAGCAACCAGGGCGACUCAUGUCCCCUUGCUCAAGAGGAAAUUAUUGAGAUCAACAGGGCAGAUUCAAAGCAGAAUGGUGACGCGGCAAAUGCAGCACUGGCUAAUGAGGACUGCCCCACCAUUGACCAGGCCUUGUCCCCUGAGGAGAAAUCUCCUGUCACGCCUGGCGGCCGUGAACGCUACAACCGCGACCGAGCCUGCUUCCUCCUCUCCACCGGAGACUUUGGCCAGUCGCCCGACGGGAACAUCCGAAAAGUGCAUCCUACAGGCUAUGAGAAAUCCCACAGCCUGAACAGCAUUGCUGGACUGCGCCCAACUCCAGCACCCACUCCCUUUGGCUCGCCUGGUUCUGUCCGACGCCCUCGCUCGCCCAUCCCUUCCAUCCUAUAG